AAAAAACAACACACACUGAGAGAGAGUCAUAAUAUCCAGAAAAUAUUGUUUUGAUUUUAUUGCAACAAAACAAAGCAAAAAAAAAAGAAACGUUUUUAAAAAGUAUCGAUCAAAGCUGUAAACAUUUGAUCAUCAUCAUCAUCUGAUCCGAAUAACAACAUUGUUUUAUAGCUGAUUGAUCGUUACCGGAAUUUUCAGUUUGGUUUGUGGAACAUAUUUUAUUCAACAUCAUCAUGAGUACUUUACAGAAAGCAAUUGAUCUGGUUACUCAGGCUACUGAAGAAGAUAAAGCCAAGAAUUAUGAAGAAGCACUUCGUUUAUACAAACAUGCUUUGGAUUAUUUUAUGCAUGCAAUCAAAUAUGAAGCUCAGACCGAUAAAGCCAAAGAUAGUAUUCGACAAAAAGUUUUUCAAUACAUUGAACGGGCUGAAAAAUUGAAUGAUUAUAUUAAAAAUAAAAAAUCUAAAAGUAAACCCGUCAAAGAGAAUCCAACAAAUGGAACAAAAACCAAAGAUGAUUCAGAUGAUGAUGAUGAAGAUAAAAAAGAUGAUAAAGAAAAGAAAAAAUUAAUGGCUCAAUUAGAAGGUGCAAUGGUUAUUGAAAAACCAAACAUCCGAUGGGAUGAUGUUGCUGGCUUGAAAAUGGCUAAAGAAGCAUUGAAAGAGGCUGUGAUUUUGCCAAUUAGAUUUCCUAAUCUAUUUACUGGUAAACGUAAACCUUGGAAAGGUAUACUAUUGUUCGGACCACCAGGUACUGGUAAAUCUUAUUUGGCUAAAGCUGUCGCUACUGAAGCUAGCAAUUCGACAUUCAUUUCGGUUUCCUCUUCAAAUCUUGUAUCUAAAUGGCUUGGUGAAUCGGAAAAAUUGGUCAAAAGUCUUUUUGAAAUGGCACGUGAAAAUAGACCUAGUAUUAUUUUCAUCGAUGAAAUUGAUUCAUUAUGUUCAUCACGUUCAGACAAUGAAUCUGAUUCUGUACGUCGUAUCAAAACCGAAUUUCUUGUUCAAAUGCAAGGUGUUGGUAAUGAUAUGGAUAAAAUUCUCGUAUUGGGAGCCACUAAUAUACCUUGGGUUCUUGAUUCGGCUAUUCGAAGACGUUUCGAAAAACGAAUCUACAUACCUUUGCCCGAUGAAGAGGCACGAUAUGUUAUGUUGAAAAUGAACAUCGGCGAUACACCCAAUUCAUUGACCGAUCAAGACUUACGGACAUUAGCUGAUCGCACUGAAAGGUUUUCCGGUGCUGAUAUUUCUGUCUUGGUUCGUGAUGCCUUGAUGCAACCUGUUCGUAAGGUUCAAAGCGCCACUCAUUUCAAAAGGUGUCGGGGACCUAAUCCUAGGAAUCCAAAAGAAAUUGUCAAUGACCUAUUAACACCGUGCCUACCAGAAGAAUCCGGUGCUAUAAAAAUGUCAUGGACUGAAGUGCCCGGCGAUAAACUUCUAGAACCAGUUGUAUCAAUGUCUGAUAUGUUAAAAUCAUUGGCUAAUGCUAAACCAACUGUAAAUGAAGCCGAUCUGGAAAAAUUACAAGAAUUUAUGCAGGAUUUCGGUCAAGAAGGUUAAAUCAGUUAGCGAAUAAUCAAAUUUAAUUGUUUCAUUUUUUUUCUAAAAAAAACAAAUCGAUAAACUUACUAAUACCUUUUAUUGUUGUUGUUGUUGUCUUGGUCUUCGCCACAUUGAUUUUCUUACAUUACAUGGUUUUUGAUUUGAGUAAAUAAUUUAGUUGAUUAAACU